UAUAAAAGGGCAGCUUGCAGUUAAAUCACAUCAUUCUAAUUUUCACUUCGAAGGGUACAGAUGUCUUUGGCAAAUAUUAUGGAUCCUCAAAAUACUUUUGAGUUCUUCCAUUGCACAUUAAUGUAUCAAGGCAAUGACAUCGGAGCUGCCCUUCAAACUCUGCCACCUAACAGCACCCCGGAGGUUGAGAACCCUCCCAAGAAGCGGAAAAGAUCCCACAGAAGGAAGCCAAACAGCUUUGGAUCGAAGUACAGGAGGCUGAUGGAGGUGACAAAUGGGACUGAGCAGUACUGGGCCUACGACUCAGAAAGGGACAAUGUGGAAGAUAGAAGAUCUGCUGCACAGGCAACCAGCACUAGAUUAGCUGGCUGCAAAAGAAAAUAUAAUGCUGAAGCAGAUGUCCAGAGUGAGGCCCAGAAACAGAGGAGAAUUACCAGAGAGGAAGACGUUAUGGUGCAAAGUGGUGAGCAGCAGCACUGUAACGCUGCUCCCUCUCCAAAGGACAGCAGCUCAGCUGAUCUAGAGUCCCUCAAUGACAUCCCCCAGUCUGAAUGGACAAUACUUCAGGCUAUGAUGAAGGACUUGGGCACGGAUGUCAUUGAGGGACUGAUCAUGGACCUCCAUCAGGACCCGACCUUCAGAAGCUGGGAUCUGAGUGGCUACCUCCACCCUAAUUAAAGCACAGAUGCUGCAUAUAAUAAUACUUUUUUAUAUUGUAUUAUUUAUUUAUCUAUCUGAAAUAAAU